AAAAGCCUGUUGGGUCUAAGGAGUGCAGGGAGGAGAGGGGGUUUGGUUUGAAAACAGCAAAAAUGGCCAGCAAAGUGGUGGACCUGUUGUAUUGGCGGAAUGUGGGAAAAACAGGACUGGUGUUCACAGGGCUGGUGGUGGGCUUGGCCAGCUUGUUUCAACUCAGUGCUAUCUCCAUCCUAUCUAACCUGGGCCUGGGCAUUAUGGCCUUCACCCUCCCUGUACGCCUCCUGUUUAAAACAAUGGACCUGGUCCGACUAAACGAUGGAACUCAUCCCUUCCAGUCCUAUUUGGAUGAGGACAGCACUUUGACAGAUGAGACCACAGUUCGUGUUGUGGAGAAGAUUGUGCUCCUGAUCGCUACUUUAAUCACAGAGCUGAAGAGACUCUUCUUCAUCGACAGUAUUAUAGACUCGCUGAAGUUUAUUGUGCUGCUGUACCUGUUGACCUGUGUUGGGGUAAAAGCCAAUGGUCUUACUCUUCUGAUUGCCGGUGUGAUUUGUGCUUUCUCUCUGCCUAUGGCAUACAAACUUCAGCAGGAACGGAUUGACAGGAUUAUCAGUGCAGGCCAAUCACUGGUGACAAAAACCAUGGAGAUUGUUGAGCUUGUGAUGUCAUUGGUCAAAACUCCUCCUCCGGCUCCAACCCCUGUUCCUGCUCCUACACCCAAAAUCAAACAGAAGACCAAAUAAUGAGGUUAAAGGAUAAAGGACAUAAAGUCGUAUUUUACAGUAAUAGCUGGAAGGUAUUAUUGAUGUAGGAUAAGAUAAAUCUGUUUAUGGUGCUUGGAAUGUACUGGACUUUACCACAGUCAUUUAACAACUGGUCACUAUGACUGUGCCAAAAAAAAAAAAAAGAAUCAAUAGGCUUGGAGGAAAAAAGGCCUUGGUGGGAAAUCCCCAUUUCACCCAAGUGUAAAUGAACUGUAACUAUGUGAUUAAAGAAAUCCAUUGUAAUGA